UAGGUGGAAAUUCAGAAGUCAGGAGAGUGCCGUCCCCACAGAAGGAGAAAUUUACCAAGGAGUAGACUGCUCUGGGAAUGGGCUUUCGAGAUGAGGCAGCUGGGUAUUUUCAUAAAGCGGUGAAGCUCAACCCUGAUUUCAGUGAUGCAAAGGAGAACUUCUAUCGUGUUGCAAACUGGCUGGUGGAGCGCUGGCACUUCAUCAUGCUCAAUGACACCAAGAGGAACAGGAUUUACAAUGCAGCCAUCCAGAAGGCAGUGAGCUUGGGGUCCAAGAGUGUUUUAGAUAUUGGCGCAGGAACUGGAAUACUGAGGUUUGUUAAAAUUAUUGUUUUAUUAUUAUGUUUAUGUGAAUUAAAGAGUCUUGCAACUAAAGAGCCACACCCCCUCAGUGUUCCUGCUACUAAAGAAGGCGUGCUGGAUGCUGUCAUGGUUUGGUUUGUUCUCCAGCUGGAUGACGAAUACAGUCUGUCCACAAGUCCUGGGGAGGAAACCUGCUGGGAACAGGCUGUUUAUCCAGUACAGGGCCUUGCAGACUACUGGAUAAAUCCCGGGGACUGUGUGACAAUGGAAGCAUCUUGUCAAAAUUGUUACCUAAGAAUCCAGAGUAUCAAUUUCAUGCAUUUGGAACAUGAAAUGGAAGUUAUAAAGCAUUUUACCAAGAGUGAAGACUUGCUGUCUCUAGGAAAUGAGGCUGAGCUCUGUAGUGCUCUGGCUAACUUUCAGACCAGUAGAGCAGAUGCUCUGGAGCAGCCCUGUGUGUUAGAACCUGCAGAGGUUGCUUUGCUCAAUAACAUUCCAUAUCCUGAAGGCUUUAGGAUGGCCAUGAGGAAGGUGUUGUCUUCGCUGGCCCCAGAGAAACUGUGUCAGCCUAUGGAUCCUCAGUGUCAGGACUCUGAGAUGAACUCUGGAAGUGGACAGAGUGCACCGAGCACCUCUGACCCUCUCUAUGUGUUGGAUGUGUCCGAAGGCUUCUCUCUUUUGCCUGUGAUUGCUGGAACACUUGGUGAGGUUAAGCCCUACAGUUCUGUGUAGAAAGACCAGCAUUGUGUUGCUUUGGACCUUACAUCUGAAGCCAAUCACUUCCCUAAGGCUGAGUUUUGGCUGAGACAUAUAGAAGAUGAAGCUGUUGUGUUACAAAGGCCCAAAUCAGAUAAAUCGUGGAGCAUAAUUAUAUUGGAUGUCAUUGAGCCAUCUGGGCUCAUUCAGCAGGAAAUAAUGGAAAAAGCUGCAAUAUCCAGAUGUUUAUUGCAGUCUGGAGGCAAGAUCUUCCCCCAGUACGUCUUGAUGCUCGGGAUGCUUGUGGAGUCGCAGACACUGGUAGAAGAGAGCGCUGUUCAAGGAGCAGAGCACACUCUUGGGUUAAACAUAGCACCUUUUAUUAACCAGUUCCAGGUAAGCUUGUGGAGAACCGUUCAGCCAAGACCCUGCUGCCUCCUAUUAUCAUUGUCUCUCCUUUGAAUUUUUCUUAGUCAGUGGGCCUAGCUGGAUAGAAAGAGGCAGUUUCCUGGAGUAAAGGAACAUGUCACCCACGAAAGCCAACCUGAGAGGCAGAAUAAGCAAGGAUUUUUGUCAAGAAUACUGACUAAAGUUUACAGAUUGUCCUCUGAAUCACCUAUCACAAGAUAGAGAUGACUAAGCUAUUUCUGUGCAUGGUCCCAAAAUGCUAUCAUCCAUCUUUCUAUUAUGAUAAAAAAAGAAUUAUUUACUUAUUUUAGUGUAUAAGUGUUUGUAUGCAGGUGUGUCUUGUGUGUGCAUUGCUCAUGGAGUCUAGAAGAGGAGAUGAGAUCUCUGGGAACGAGAACCACCACGUGGGUGCUGGGUGCUGAGAGCUGAGCGCAGGGAAUCUGCCAGAGUAGUGUGUGCUCCCAACUGCUGGGUUCUCUCCACCCCAUCUUCCUGUUUUAUCCCCACUUGCUCUGACUCUUCAAUUCUACCAGUCACCGUACACUGGGCCUGCUGCCUUUUCACUGCGCUCCCAGCUAUGGCCACUCUUUCCUGAACAGCUUAGGUUUUGUGCUCUGUGUAUUUUCAUGUAAUUUAGAUGGUAGACCCCAUUCCUGCUCUUGUGUAAUCCUGCCUUGGUUAAAUCCCAGCUACUGUGUGUCUAUGUAAACCCUACAGUUGGCCCUUAAUUAUCUAAAGAGACUCUAUAACCCUUGUUGGAAGAUUUAUAUAGUUUUUAAUCUAUCUCUUUG